AUGACCACGGCUCGUCUUCUCAUGCGGCCUAUCCGACAGUCAGACCUUGAGGACUUCCACAUCUUGCGUACUCAGAUUGAAGUCAUGAAGUGGACAUCUACAGGGACGAUUGAUAUUGACAAGGAGGCAACCCAAAUCUGGAUGAACAGGUCCCUGCCGCCGAAUGACGCAACCACUUUCAACUUUGCGAUUGAGGAGCUGUCGAACCCCGGAACAGUCAUUGGGGUCUUGGGCUGCCACAUCGCAGAGCCACCUGAAUGUGGUUCUAUGUUCCGGACUGAAUACUGGGGACGAGGGUAUGCUACUGAGGCAUUCCAGCGCUGGCUUCAGGCCUGGUGGGAGUUGCCGACAAAGGGCGUGGCGAUCGAGGAUGCAAAUUCGGGCUCCGGCACGGAAGAGGAUGUUGUGUCUGUUCCCGAGGUGCUGAAGGCUGUCAUUGACGACAGGAACAUCGCAAGUUCCCGGAUGCUGGCCAAUGCAGGCUUCCGCCCCAUCUCGAAGGAAACCAUCGAGCAUAAUGGCGCGACUAUCAAUGAAAUCACGCUGGAACUGCAGCGGCCGAAGUGCUGA